AUGUCAUCGCUUUCCCUUGACGUGGGCAAGGUCAAAGAUAAUGAACAGUUCAUAUCAUUCGGUUUCCACGGUCGCAUAUCGUAUGAUUUCGAACUUUUCCUGCCAUUCAAGCAUUUGGCUAUCGAGCGAGUCACCGUUGACAAGACAGGUUAUAAUCACGUGAUAUACGGACGUCAAACCCAAGCCUUAACCCCUCAACACCCGGGUUCUUCCACAUCCUCCACAAAUGAUUGCAAACAAGAAGAAACAGACCCGCUUCGGGGGCAAGAUUCUCUUCGAAAGAAUCCACCGACUGGAAAGAAAGGCCAGCAUCCUAUCCAAACUGUCCGACAAGGCGCAAACGGGAAACUGAAAACGACCUGGGCAAGCUAG